AUGUCUACAAACAACAGAUCUCAAGGCGAAAAGACGUACUUUGAACAACAGCGCGAACUUGUACUCCAAGAUGUUGCGACAUCCACCUCAAUCGACCACAACCACUCGCUGGAUUCACCCAUCUUGAGCCCUACAGCCCUUUCACGCGCGCAAAAACUUGAGAAAGAUGCGAGGAAAACAUACGCUGAUAUACAAUGCACAUACAGNGUCGGGAACGAAUUCGGCCAAGUCGAAGGCUUAUGGUCUAUGUUCGAGAACGUCAUGGCGCAACAGCAGCAACAACAAUCACAAGAAGAGGACGGAGAUACCCAAGCCCACACUGGCGCCCAGGAGAAGUGA